AAGAAAGUUUUUUUUUUUUUUUUUUGAACAUUAAGAAGGAAAGAAAGUUGUUAUCAUAGAUUUAAAAAAAUGGGGAAAAGCCCUGCUUUAAUGAUCUUUCUCGUUUCUUCAUUUCUUUUUGUCCUUCAGAACCUCGAAGUUGUAAACGCCAUCAGGUGUUUCGGAAGCUCAUUCAACGGCAACAGAGUUCACGCUCAGAAUCGCCGCGAUCUCUUCUCUACUCUUGCUGAUAAAGUCGUCGCCAAUGGUGGAUUCUACAACGCUUCACUCGGCCAAGACCUCAACGAAGUCAACGCUCUUGUCCUCUGCGCAAGAGGCUACAACCCACAAGCAUGUUUCAACUGUGUCGAAAAAUUGUCUCAGGAUACACAAAGGAACUGUCUUAACCGCACGGAUUCGUACAUUUGGGCCAGCGACGAUGAAGACCGUGUUUCUUGUCUUGUACGUUCCUCAAACCACUCAACCUUCGGGAACCUUGAGCUUGAUCCUCCUGUUGUAUGGCCAAAUCCAGAUCGUAUCCAGCCAUCUAAAAACAUGACUCUUUUCAUACAAGAGUGGGAAGCAACGGUUAAUCGGACCCUCGAGGCGGCCACAAAAGCAGAAACUUCCUCGGUACUCAAGUACUAUAGUGCCGUAGAAGCCGAGUUCACGGAGUUUCCAAGUGUUUACAUGGUGAUGCAAUGCACACCCGACAUAACUUCCAAAGAUUGCAAGCGAUGUUUGGGAGAUUGCGUGGCGUAUUAUAGAGAACAGUAUCGUGGAAGACAAGGAGGGAUGGCUAGUCGUCCGAGCUGUUUUUUCAGGUGGGAUUUAUAUUCUUUCCAUGGUGCUUUUGAUAAUGUAACAAGAGUUCCUGCGCCUCCUCGGCCUCAAGCUCAGGAAAAGGGGAGCUCUACAACAGACAAGAUAGGAAGAAGCAUUGGGUAUAGGGGAAUCAUCGCAAUAAUUUUGGUUGUCACUUUCAUUAAUCUUUUGGUAUCUAUUGGUUUCUUUAAAGUCAAUGCUCGGAGGAGAAAAUUAAAGAAAAGAUUCAAUGAUGAAGUGAAGCGUUCCCUUCUUACAUGGGACAUGAGGUUCAAGAUUAUAGAAGGCGUUGCUCGAGGACUUGUUUAUCUCCAUGAAGAUUCUCAGCUGAAAAUUAUUCACCGAGACUUGAAGGCGAGCAACAUCCUUUUAGAUGCAGAGAUGAACCCUAAAGUUGCAGACUUUGGGACGGCGAGGUUGUUCGACACUGACGAGACUCGAGCUGAAACAAAACGAAUAGCUGGAACCCGUGGAUAUAUGGCUCCUGAAUACCUGGCACGCGGGCAAAUCUCAGCUAAAUCUGAUGUUUAUAGCUUCGGUGUUCUGCUUCUAGAGAUGAUUAGUGGUGACAAAAACAAUAGCUUCGAAGCAGAAGGACUUGCAGCUUUCGCAUGGAAGAGAUGGGUUGAAGGAAAACCUGAGACUAUAAUUGAUCGUUUCUUGGCAGAGAAUCCGAGUAACGAGAUCAUUAAGUUG